AAAUGUAAAAUCUGAAAGAAAGGUACCUCGCUUUUUCUUACAAAAGCUGCUCUUUCUCAUAAUUAAACUGGAUCCAUAUAAUCUUAAGGAAUAAUUUCUUAAACAACACACUAUGAGCUUUUACCAAGAAAACACCCACCAAAACAGCUCUGAUCCUGUGAGGACAGAAGAAUCUAGAAAACACAGUCUAAUUCACCAUCAGGGACCGAGUCCAAAAAGCAUCUCAAAAAAGACCCUGCCUCCUAUCAACAAUUGUAAUUCCUCCUGGCCUCAUGAUGUUUAUAAAGGGGACUCCACAAUCUGACCCACAUCUUUACAGCUAAAACCAUCUAUCUGAAUCUUAUUCAUUGGUUUCAGAUCCUCAGAAUUCAUGGAGGGUCAAUUACGCCACGAUACAAGAAUAAGCUACAUCCUCAGAAGCAACCUGCCCUCUUCUAACCUGACGACCGGUUCAGUCAAUGCAACACACGCCUUCAGUGCAUUUGAAGGGUGCGAACAAAUGGUGAGUGGUAUCAUUUUUGACUUAACUAUACAAUCCUUCAACGUGAUCGUAGGAAUACCUGCCAACAUCCUGGUCAUAGCAAACCUAAUAAACACCCGUAAGGAGCCUUCAACUUCUGACAUCUUCCUGGGCUGCCUGGCUUUCAUGGACGCCUACUUUGGAUUCAUGACAAUCAUAGCGUUCCUCAAUCUCUACCACUGGAGGAGUGCUAUGGGUUGGAUGGCUCUGAAGUUCUCCUUCGGGGUAAAGGACACCAGUGGGCCGCUCUUCCUCUCGUGCGUCUGUCUGGAUCGCUUUAUAGCCGUUCUCUUCCCCAUCGCAUUCGGACAGUUGAAGGACAUCAAAUACAGGAUCGGCUUGACCAUCGUGGUACUGCUGCUCACUUUUGCUUAUGCUUCAGCCAAAACCGUUGGUGGCAUUCACAACUUUGAGAAGGUUUUCACUGGUGAGGUCUUGUUUGCUUUCACCUGGAUGGUUGUGUGUAACGUGGCCAUCCUCUGGGCACUGAAACGCUCACGAGGCUCUGGUAAAGAUGAGAUGCAUCCAAUGAAAAGAAAGGCAUUUAAGAUGGUGCUGUCUAUCUUGAUCAUCAUCGUGAGCAACUAUCUCCCACCAGUUGCCAUGUUCCCCUUUGAAGACCAUUAUCCACGUAAGGUCUUUCAUUGCUAUGUGCAGCCAGUGGGCUUUGCCUUUGUAAACAUCAGCAGCACUAUCCAGCCCUUAACUUACUUGUUCCGUCUAGAGAAAGUACCAUUCUUGCCUGAAUCUUGUGUGGAGAAGUUAAGCUGCAAGGAAAAAGACAAACCCCCAAAGGAAUGACUUCUGCCUGAAAUAAUGUCUGAAAUAUGCUUUUGAAAUAUUUAAAGGAUUAGUCCACUUUCAAAUAAAAUUUUCCUGAUAAUUUACUCACCCCCAUGUCAUCCAAGAUGUUCAUGUCUUUCUUUCUUCAGU